UACAGUAGUAUUUUCUAUUUCUAUAUUCGGCUUCUUCGCAACUCCAAUCGACUGUGUUGGGGAAGACAACCUUAAUCUUCGUCGUUUGUCUCUCUGUACAAUUACAAUCAUCAUAGUAAUCAUAGUGGUCGGAGGAUUGAUAUGAAGUCUCCGUUGGGUAAGCUGAAGAAAUUGGCGUUGCAUAAGAGCGAUGCAAAGGACAAGAAAGAUCAUCACUCCUUGGUCCUCUCCGACGGCCUCGCGCAGGCUUCGCAGGAUAUGAAAGACAUGAGGAACUGCUAUGAUAGUUUACUUUCUGCAGCAGCAGCAGCAGCAAAUAGUGCAUAUGAAUUUUCGGAGUCCUUGAUGGAAAUGGGGAACUGUCUAUUGGAGAAAAUUACACUGAAUGGUGAUGGAGAAAGUGGCAAAGCAUUCUCAGCACUUGGAAGAGUGCAGCUGGAACUGCAGAAACUUGUUGAUAUCUAUCGUACUCAUGUUAUUGUAACCAUCACAAACCCAUCAGAGUCUCUUCUUAAUGAGCUUCGGAAAGUGGAGGAGAUGAAACUACAAUGUGAUGAGAAAAGGGAGGUGUAUGAGUACAUGAUAAGCAACAGGGGAAAAUGUGGAAAGGGCGAGAAUUUUACUCCACAGCAAUUGCAGGCUACUCGUGAAGAACAUGAUGAAAUGGCAAGACUCUGCAUUUUUCGUGUUGAAUCUCUGAAGCAAGGGCGAUCCCACAGUCUCUUGACCCAAGCCACCCGUCAUCAUGCAGCACAGUUGAAUUUGUUUCGUAAGGGAUUUAAAUCUCUUGAAGCUGUUGAUCCACAAAUAAGGAUGGUUGCUGAUAAGCAACAUAUAGAUUUCCAAAUCAGUGAAAUAGAUGAUACAGAUGAUGAUGGAUCUAAGAGGUAUGAUGCUAAUGAUGAAGGGGAGUUGAGUUUUGACUAUCGGACAAACAAGCAGGAGCUGAGCAAUUCUAUGGAGUUAGAUCAUGCUGAUGCUCCUAGUACACAAACUUCAGGCAUAGAAGAUAUUGAGUUAGAUUUCAAAUUCCAAGAUCAUGUUUUAAACAGACAACCUCGAGUUAGCAGUCAUUCUGCUCCAAUUGGACCAAUUAAUGCAGAGAAGAUGGAUAUAUCUGAUAGGAAUAGAGAAGCUCAGACAUCUGCAAGAAAAUUCCAUACAUAUGUGCUGCCAACUCCAGCAGAUGCAAAAAGCCUACCUGGAAGGGCAAGUGGUUCUUUUUUCCCUUCGAGUGUUACAAACCUCACUGGCAGUACCAACAAUUUGUGGCGUUCAGAUAAUUAUGAUAAAGUCAAAGAUGAUAAUAGCUUGUCAGUUCGUGGUGCAUCAAAAGCUCAAUCAUCAUUCAAAGAAAGCAACAUUAACAAUGCGUCCAUCCGUCUACCCUCUCCUUUAGAAGGAACUUCGUCGGUUCAACAAUUAGAGACACACAAUACAUUUGAUGUUGAAAGGGCAAAAAGACUCUCUUUCUCUGGUCCGAUAUCAAGUAAGCCAUUGUCUAACAGGCCUUCAUUAUCUGCCAGUGGGCCUAUUGGCUCUGCUGAAAGGUCCCAGCAAGAAUCUGGAUCAACCUAUGGAGUGCCAAGAGUCCAGCCACCUUCAUCCAUAGACAUCUCCCGCAGUGCAUCACCUCCACUUGUAGCUUCGCCAAAAAUCAGUGAGCUGCAUGAGCUCCCUCGGCCUCCUGGCUCUUUAGCUUCCAAGCCUGCAAGUAGAUACUCCAACCCUUUGGCGGUAUCAAAUCCAGGGUCUUCACUACCAUCUCGACAUCUAACUGUUUCUCGAAGUUUCUCCAUACCCUCCAGUGAUCAUAGAACAAUGGCUUUAAAUGAGUCCAAGCUAGCAGGAGCAGAUUCUCCUAUAAUGAAAGAUAAUGCAGUAGUAUCAUCUCCUCCAUUAUCACCUAUUUCUGUGUCAAACAUUUCAACUCUUUCAGUAGUGGGCACCAGUUCUGGGCAGAUCAGAGUGGACGCAGGUGGAAGAUGAUAUGAGCGUCCCUUGCCAAUGUCCCACUGUACCCUUCUGCUGAGUUCAGACCUCUUGUGGUUCUUCACAGUCCACAGAGCAGAGUUUGUUGACACAAGGUUGUGCUGGUAUAGGGCUGUAAAUGAUAUAAUUUUGUUGGAUUUACAUUUAAUUAUUCCGCCCCCGUUGAGUAUUAUAUUAUACAUCAGUUUUGACCAUAUGAUGAUGUCUCUUGAUAACACAAAAAUCCUCUCCCCUUGCCCUGCUGCUGUGCCCAAAUGAACACUCCAUUCCACAAGGAAUAGAGAAAGGGAAGAGUAUAAAACAUUGUUUCUUUUAUGUGUAUUUUGUAAAGGGUAGGAACUGAGUGGUCUUCAUUUGAAGAGGUGUUUUUGUUUAUAGUACAUAGCGAAUAGGUAUUUUGGGUUAAGGAACCUGUCGUGCUCGUUCACGUCACCUGUAUCACGUUUUUGUUGCUUGUGGCUCUGUCUGUGUCUUUCGGUUUUCCUUGUAAGUUAAUGUUCCAGGUUAUGGACUUAUGGUACACCAUUUCUUUUGUUUCUUAAUGAAAGAUUUGAUUUUGCUUGGGAUUCAUCAAGUGUAUGAGCUAAUGUUGAGGGAUAAUGCCAAAUGUAAUACAAAGAAUUAUACAAUCAUGUUAUCCAAUUCAAUGAUGUGCACAACUCCUUUUUGU